AUGAUCCUCUUUUCCUUGGAGACUCUUACGAUCUUUCUGGCCAUUUCAUCAACCAGUUAUGGUCUUCAACCUUCACACAUUCCUUCAGACACCCCUCUGUCGUCGCUGAUUGCAUCAGCGAAAACACAUCUCGCUGGUGGAUCGCCCCGCGAUGCAUUACUUUAUUUCGACGCGGCUGUGUCGAGGGAUCCUACGAAUUACAUCACUAUCUUCCAGCGGGGUGCGGCUUAUUUGUCACUGGGUAAAGGUUCUCAGGCAUUAGAUGAUUUCGACCGAGUUCUGCGGUUAAAACCAGAUUUUGAGAGUGCUCUCCUUCAACGAGCUCGCCUUCGAGCUAACACUGCUGACUGGGAAGGCGCGUUGAAGGAUCUGGAAACGGCCGGCAAGAAGUCAUCCUUGGAAUACAAUGAGCUUCAAGAGGCACGUAAUGCUGCAGCUCUUGCACAAAAUUCCGAGCAACAUGGCGCCUGGGAGGCCUGCGUAAAUCAAGCGAAUGUGGCUGUUCUUAAGGCGAGCGCCUCCCUAAGUCUACGACAAACUCGCGCGCACUGCCGCUUCGAGAAAGGUGAUGUAGAAGAAGGAAUAAGUGACCUUGCCCAUGUCCUACACAUCUCCCCAAGUCUGGUGGACCCACACUUACAAAUGUCCUACAUGCUGUUCUAUUCUCUGGGAGAUCAAGAACGUGGCAUUUCACAAAUUCGGAGGUGUCUCCAUUUCGACCCCGAUUCAAAACCGUGCAACGGCCUUUAUCGGAAAGAGAAGAAACUCCUCAAACAGCUGCGCAAAUUACAAGAUUCAAUGUCUUCUCGGAAAUUUAGCAAUGCCAUCAACUUGCUUGUAGGUGCAGGCGAUGAAAGCGGACUUCUUGACGAUGUGAAAGGCGACGUGAGGGAGGCUAAGGAAGCAGGCCAUAUCCACCCCGCAGCCCCCAACAAUCUCUAUGGUUUGCUGGUGGAGCGCACCUGCGAAGCUUACCGCGAGGCGCAUAUGCCCAGGAGAGCUUCUCCGUACUGCUCUGAAACCCUUGACGUCAAUCCUUAUUCUCUGCCGGCACUGCUCUUUCAGAGUCAAGCGGCUCUUGAUGAAGAGCGUUUUGAUGACGCUAUAAACACGCUGAAUACAGCCAAAGAGCAUCACCCCGGAUCCAGAGACGUCCAAUCACUUUUACAGAAGGCACAUGUCUUAUUGAAGCGCUCAAAGCAGAGGGAUUAUUACAAAGUUCUGGGUGUCAGCCGAGAUGCUGAUGACCGGACUAUCAAAAGAGCCUACCGCCAACUGACUAAACAACAUCACCCCGAUAAAGCUAAGUCCCAGGGUGUGACGAAAGAGGAAGCUGAGAAGAAGAUGGCUGCUAUUAAUGAAGCCUAUGAAAUCCUUUCUGACCCCGAACUCAAGGCGCGUUACGACAGUGGUGAUGACCCUAAUGACCCGGCAUCUCAUAGGGGCAACCCGUUUCAAGGAAGCCCAUUCGGGCCAGGAGGCGGUCAACACUUUUUCUUCCAGCAAGGUGGACCACAGUUUAAGUUCUCGGGUCAAGGAUUCAAUUUUCCAGGAGGUUUCCCUUUUCGCUGA